CUGCGUAUAGAUCAUUAGGUAAGUGCUCCCUUGAAUACGCCCCAUUUCCACACAAUCAUUAUACACAAUUCGCGUAACCUUGGCACUUUGGCCCCUCCCCCUUCCCUAUUCCUCGCACAUGAUUGGUCAGUCUCUCUAACUUAGCUUAUGUAUGAUUGGUGGAUGCUGGGAAGGGUUAGAUCUCACUGGUGGAUGCUGGGAAGGGUUAAAUCUCACUGGUGGAUGCUGGGAAGGGUUAAAUCUCACUGGUGGAUGCUGGGAAGGGUUAAAUCUCACUGGUGGAUGCUGGGAAGGGUUAAAUCUCACUGGUGGAUGCUGGGAAGGGUUAAAUCUCACUGGUGGAUGCUGGGAAAGGUUAAAUCUCACUGGUGGAUGCUGGGAAGGGUUAAAUCUCACUGGUGGAUGCUGGGAAGGGUUAAAUCUCACUGGUGGAUGCUGGGAAGGGUUAAAUCUCACUGGUGGAUGCUGGGAAGGGUUAAAUCUCACUGGUGGAUGCUGGGAAGGGUUAAAUCUCACUGGUGGAUGCUGGGAAGGGUUAAAUCUCACUGGUGGAUGCUGGGAAGGGUUAAAUCUCACUGGUGGAUGCUGGGAAGGGUUAAAUCUCACUGGUGGAUGCUGGGAAGGGUUAAAUCUCACUGGUGGAUGCUGGGAAGGGUUAAAUCUCACUGGUGGAUGCUGGGAAGGGUUAAAUCUCACUGGUGGAUGCUGGGAAAGGUUAAAUCUCACUGGUGGAUGCUGGGAAGGGUUAAAUCUCACUGGUGGAUGCUGGGAAGGGUUAAAUCUCACUGGUGGAUGCUGGGAAGGGUUAAAUCUCACUGGUGGAUGCUGUGAAGGGUUAAAUCUCACUGGUGGAUGCUGGGAAGGGUUAAAUCUCACUGGUGGAUGCUGGGAAGGGUUAAAUCUCACUGGUGGAUGCUGGGAAGGGUAUGUUUUGUAUGUUUUUUCUUCUACAUUUCUUUCCUAUUUUCCUUUCUUUCCUUUUUCCUUCCUUUCUUUUUUCCUUUCCUUCUUUCUUUCUCUUUUUCUCCCUUCCUUUCUUCCUUCAUUCCUUCUUUUCUUCUUUUAUUUCCUUUCUUUCAUUCUUUCUUCCUUUCUCUCUCUUCUUCUCUUCUAUCUUCUCCUAUCUUCUUUCCUCCAUGUGAUAUUAUGUUGCGUAAGAAAGGAGAGAAACACACACACACACACACACACACACACCUGUUACCUUCUCUCCCUUCCUCCUCUUCAUCCUAAAGUACUGCUAUAACAGGAGGAGGAGGAGGAGGAGGAGGAGGGGGGGGGAGAGAGAGAGGA